CAAUCUUCGACCAUCUGAAAUCCAGAUAAGGCAAAAGAAGUGAAAUUUUGAAGUCUCGCCCAUCUCUUAAUUAAUAGUACAAUAUUGUGCUUACCUGUUGCCCAGCUUGGAGUGUUGGUCAAGAAUCAAAAGUUGUUCCUUCGGAAUUUUGCUAGCAGAUUCCAACGGCCUUCACCAUGGCAAGCUAUGAAAUGGGUGAGAAGAGUGUCUUCCUCAAGAGUCCAUGGCCCCCUUCUCAGGGAGAAGAAGCAAUGAAAAUGAAACAAAAGCCAAGUGGAGAUUUAUAGGCAACCCUUCUUCCAACUGAAAUGUCUCAGCAUUCACAAGGAGAGAGAAGAAUUUCAAAGAACACAGGAGAUUGGUGCUUGGGAACCUCCUUUUUCUAUGAGGAUGAGGUGCAGACUGCGGGCAUUGGUGGGAAUAAGAGAAAGAGGGGUUGCGAGAAUGAUGAGAAACCUAAAGAAGUUGUUCAUGUGAGGGCAAAGAGAGGUCAAGCUACAGACAGUCACAGUUUGGCCGAAAGGCAAAGAAGGGAGAAGAUAAACGAAAAGUUGAGGUCACUACAAGAUCUUGUUCCAGGAUGUUAUAAGACAAUGGGGAUGGCAGUGAUGUUGGAUGUGAUUAUCAAUUAUGUUCGUUCACUACAGAAUCAAAUUGAGUUCCUUUCUAUGAAGCUAUCAGCGGCAAGUAUGCUGUUGGACUUCAACUCACCAGAAAUGGACACUUUAGCAAGCAUGCAGCAGCAGCAGCAGCAGGGAACAAUUAACAACAGCAUUAUAGGAGGAGAAUGGUCUUCAUGUGGAGGGAUACCGCCUCCUCCUCCUCCUCCUAAUGAUCUUAUCUAUCCAUCUGCACCAUGGCCUGGCUACCCUCUUUGAGUUGCAAGGAAUGAUCCACCUUUCAUGUUUUCA